GUUAUUUCUUCUCUUAUUGCAGUCUACAAACCGGGUCGGAAUUCCUUACGACCCAGGUCAGCAGAAAUCUUCAAACCUUAAUCUAAUUCAUCCGCUUUGUUAUGUGAUUACGUAAUUUUGAAGAUCUGUGAAGUUGAAGAAGUUGAUGAUUUAGAAGCAGUUGUUGUAGUUGCAGUUCAAUUGAUUGAGGAUUUUGAAUGUUGAAUGGAGGAGUUGUGGUGGAAGAGAGAAGAGAAGAGACCGCUUUGGGGGUGCUGACAUUGGUGAGGGUUUCUGGCCGAGGAACCACAACCACAACCACGUCUCCUCUGAGCUGAACGAAGGAAGCACUGCACAUCAACAUGUCGUCCUUCUUCUCGUCGCUCAGUAAGCAGUCCUCCGUCGACACCGCCUCUCCGUCCUCAGGCAACUCGUCCUCGACAGUGCUCAAGUCGACGCCGACCGGCGCAGUCCGCCAGGGCCGCUCGAAAGAUGUAAAGUACAAGACCGUGAUUGUGACGCGGCAGGUCGUGCGCGCGCCGGUGCAGCAGCAGCCGUCGCAGUCUUCGGGGCGGGGCAAUUAUCAGCAGGAGAUUCUGCGGAGAUUGAAGAAGAGGAAGAAAGAUCGGGUGACGGGGAAUACGGGGGAGAAGGAGAAGGAGAAGGAGAGAGAAAAGGAGGAGAGGGCGGAGCGGAAGAGGGCGGCGAAGAGCGAGAAGAGUAAGGGCGGAGAGAAGAAGGGGAGGAAGAGUAAGGCAGAGUCAAAUAAGAAGUCAAAGGAGUUCAUCACUUCUGAUGACGAGCUCAGUGAUCUCGAUGAGGAUGAUAUUGUCGAUGACGAGGAUGACGAGGAUGAGGAUGAGAAUGAUCUCUCGGGAAGUGACGACGAGGAGCAGGCGAGGGCCAAAAAGCCAAAGCUCUCGCCGUCCGUGGCAGAGUGGAAGGCGGACGACUCGCGGGUGCUUUUGAAAGAAACCAUCUUUGAAGCCCAGACCGAAUCACCCCAGAUCAUCCACUCAUUCGAUGUUCUCAGCCACGAGACUGCAGGCUACACCUCCCUCUUCGCCGACGAGGAGGACGACUUUAUCGAUCUAAAGUACCCCGGCAUCGCCGACUUCACCGAACGCUUCUACCUCGGCGCCCCCUCCAAAGACGACUACGACCCGGUUGCAGAAAUAGCAAACAUAAUGCAAGCCACGGCGCAGUUCUACCUGCCGUACGACGAAGCGCAAAAGAUCCACACGUCCGACCUGCAGGACUGCAUCACGCGCCGGAUCAAGCGCGCGACGAAGCGCAAGUCGCUGUACGCGUUCAAGACCGCGAUUGAGGAGUACAACAGCCUGGUCGAGGAGACCUUCCACAAUGCAGCCAACGCAGAGAAGAACAAGCAGCUGAUUACAAAGUCGCUCGGGGGAUCGCGGGAAAACAUGACUGCGUUCGCGCACGAGAUCUUGUCUGAGAUUUACGGCCGGGUCGUGUCGCCGCACGUGAGCGAGCUGCGAAAGUACGAGGCCUUUUCGUCAAACGUGUACGGCGAGCUGCUGCCAAAGUUCGUGACCAAGAUCUUCCGCGAACUCGAGAUGGACUCUGGUUCGGUGUUUGUCGAUCUCGGUUCGGGAGUUGGGAAUUGCGUGCUGCAGGCCGCGCUGGAACUUGGCUGUCGGGCGUACGGAUGCGAGAUGAUGCCGCGGGCGUCUGCGCUGGCGACGAGGCAGGAGAAUGAGUUGAAGGAGAGGUUGAAGUUGUGGGGGGUCGAGCCGGGAGAGACUACAUUGCUUGCGGGGGAUUUUGUCACGAAUGAGGAGAUUGGGGGGGCACUUGAGAAUGCUACUGUGCUGCUGGUGAACAACUACGCCUUCGAUGCGGAGCUGAACAACAGUCUGGUGAACAUGUUUCUAGACCUAAAAGACGGGACAAAGAUUGUCUCGCUAAAGUCAUUCGUCCCUCCAGGCCACAAGAUCACGCAGCACAAUGCCGAGUCGCCAAUCAACCUUCUGAAAGUCGAGGAGCGCGAGUUUUACUCUGGCUCGGUCUCGUGGACGGACGCGCCGGGAAGUUAUUAUGUGUCGACAGUGGAUCGGUCGAGGAUGAAGAAGUUUGCGGAGGGGAGUGCGAGUGCAUAAAGUCACUUUUCUUCAGGGUUUUCUUCGCUCUUUUCGCUCUUUUCGCUCUUUUCUGCUUCGCGGUGACGGACGGAGCGAUCGAGACUGAUAACAGUUAGUUAGAAUAAGACAUGUAAGAAUAAGGAUACAAUAAAAAAUAGAUAUAUACUUCUCAAGAAACGCAUUAGCAUC